CAUGCCUUCGACGUCAUCGCUUCGUUUGAAAGAAGCGUCAUCUCUUCUCAAGUCGAGUGGCGAGGUGUGACGGCCUUUUGUUCCCCUCGAGCCGAACAUUCUUCCCCCGCUAUUCGUCCUCUGAACCUCCGCAGACAUGACGAGAAGGCCCCCACUAAGCGCUUUCCUGCUGCUCUUGGCCGCCGCGCAGAGCUCGGCCACUUUGGUGAACGACGAAGUCAGGAGGACGGUGGACCUGAGCACUCACUUGGCGAAGAUCACGGCGGACAUAACGCUGUCUAACUAUGCACGCUACGACGUCCAAAGCUUCAUCUUAACCGUGGAUCCCGAGCUUUUCCCACACCUGGCAUACGUCGGAGCCUCGGUGCAAGGCGAUGAAGAGGAUGAUGGCCAGCUUAAGGUCCAGGAAACCAAAAUUAACGGCUUAACCGGGGACUUUUUCAAGGUCUCUCUUCCGUCCAAGUUGGUGGUGGGAGGUAAGGUCAAAGUCAAGGUGGAAAUGACCUUCAGCCACGUCCUGCGGCCCUUCCCCUCGGACAUCACGCAGGCUGAGCGCCAGCUGGUAGUUUUUCAAGGCAACCACUACUUCUACUCGCCGUACCCCACUCGAAGUCAGACCACCCGCGUCCGGCUGGCGUCCAAAACGGUGGAGAGCUACACCAAACUGGGCAAUCCCAGCAAGACGGACGAGAUCAUCGAGUACGGCCCGUACGCCGACGUUCCCCAGUUCACCCAGGACCCGAUGAGGAUCCACUUUGAGAACAACGCACCCUUCCUCACCAUCAGUAGCAUUACCCGCACCAUCGAGGUGUCUCACUGGGGCAACAUUGCCGUGGAGGAGACCAUCGACGUGAGGCACACCGGAGCCGUCCUGAAGGGCCCCUUUUCCCGCUACGAUUACCAGCGGCAGGCGGACAGCGGCAUCUCCUCCGUCAAGUCCUUCAAGACCAUCCUGCCGGCCUCGGCGCAAGACGUCUACUACAGGGACGAGAUUGGGAACAUCUCCACCUCCCACCUGCAGAUUCUGGAUGACUCCGUGGAGGUGGAGAUCAGGCCCCGCUUCCCUUUGUUUGGGGGCUGGAAGACCCACUACAUUAUUGGCUAUAACCUGCCCAGCUACGAGUAUCUCUACACUUUGGGGGACCAGUAUGCACUGAAGAUGAGACUGGUUGACCACAUCUAUGACGACCAGGUCAUUGACUCUAUGACUGUGAAAAUCAUCCUGCCAGAGGGAGCCAAGAACAUCCAGAUGGAUACACCGUAUCAAAUUAAUCGCAUGCCGGACGAACUGCACUACACGUACCUGGAUACCUUCGGGCGGCCUGUGCUGGUCGCCACCAAGAACAACUUGGUGGAGCAGCACAUUCAAGAUGUCGUGGUUCACUACAACUUCAAUAAGAUCCUGAUGCUGCAGGAACCUCUCUUGGUGGUCGCAGCCUUCUACAUCCUCUUCUUCACCGUCAUCAUCUACGUUCGGAUGGACUUUGCCAUAACAAAGGACCCGGCGGCCGAGGUGCGCAUGAAGGUUGCUUCCAUCACCGAGCAGGUGCUGACCCUGGUCAACAAGCGUCUGGGCCUGUACCGCCACAUGGACGAGGUGGUCAACCGCUACAAGCAAUCUCGCGAUACGGGCGCGCUCAACGGGGGCCGCAAGACCCUGGAGGCGGACCACCGCGCGCUCACCAACGAGAUCAGCUCGCUGCAGGCUCGCCUCAAGGCCGAAGGCUCCGAUUUGGGCGACAAGGUCGGCGAGCUGCAGAAGCUGGACGGCCAGCUGAAGGAGCUGGUGUGCCGGGCCAGCCAGGAGGCGGAGCGAUUGGUCGCCGGCAAGGUGAAGAAGGAGGCCUACGUGGAGAACGACAGGGCCGUGUCCAGCAAGAGACAAGAGCUCGUCGGCCGCAUCGACAGUCUGCUGGAUGCUUUGUAGAGGCGAGGCCGCCGCCGCCCGUGCGCGCCGACCCCCGACCUGCUUUUCGCAACCAGUGAGUGACGUGUCGUCAUGCGGGUUGCGAUUGAGUUGGCUCUCGGGUUGGUGAGAGCUCCCUUUGGUGCUCAGACUUUCCAUGUCCUCCGUGUUUGAUUCUCAACUUUUCAUGUUUUGCAAAAUGAAGUCACAAGUGCGCAAGUCUCGUUCCUCACUCGGACCAGCUCCACAUUGACAUUUGCUCAAGUGGUUAGGCGAGUAGCUUAGCCAAUUUCACCCCCCCCCACACUUUACGUUUGAUCAUGUUAAAGCUCAGAUUUUUUAUUUUUUUUUGUGCUAUGUGACUUACUUUUUUUUGUGUUGUGUAAUUUUUUUUUUACAUGUCGUGGUUUUGUAAGAGGUGUCGUUUUCACUGAGAUUGGGGAUGACGGGAGAGGUUGUGUGAGAAAAGACACGGGGGGGUGGAAAAUGAUGUCAAGCUGUUGGAAAUAAAAAAAUUGGAGUGACAA